AUGAGUGAAGACGAGCGUACAUUAGUAGACAAGUCUGAAAGUAGUUCAUUUGAAGACCUAGCGUCAGCAGCUGCUCACGAAAUCGAGGAAGCAAAGUUGGCUGAGGCAGCAGCUGCAGAAAAGGUUAAGCUAGAUGGAAAGGCUCCAGGUCCCAAUGAGUGGCAAGAUCUGUUAGGAUCUGGGUCUAUAUUGAAAAAGAUACUUAAAGAAGGUGAUGAGUCGGAAGGGUUACGGCCUCAAAGAAGUGAUAUAUGCAGGAUAAGUUAUGAAAUAAGACUCAGGAAUGGGAAACAUGAAAAUAUGGAAAAGCGGGACCAAGUGAAGAUAUAUUUGGGUGAUAAUGAAGUAUUACAAGGUCUUGAUUUAGCAUUGACACUAAUGUACAAAGGUGAAAUAUGUUUACUACAAAUAGCUCCUAGGUUUGCCUAUGGCGACACCGGCUUAAAUCCAGGAGACAGUUUGGGUUUGGUUGGAGAAAUUAACAGUCCAAAAUAUGAGGGACCAUCAAUUGGUCCAGAGACAUGGUUAGAAGUUAAAUUAGAAUUACAUGAUUGGGAGGAAGAACCAGAACAUGAAACAUUAACAAUUGCUGAAAGAAUGGAAAUCGGCAUCCGUCGUCGUUGCCGAGGCAACUGGUGGUAUGGUCGUGGUGAGACGCAGCUGGCCGUGCAGUUGUACAGACGGGCUCUGGACGUCCUCGACGAGAGCGAAGGGGGCAUCACGGAGCCCACGGCCAGCGGAGAGGUGGCCCAGCCCUCUGACGCUUUAAUGGCCUUAUUGGACGAACGCAUGCGCGUACACAACAAUAUGGCCGCUGCGCAGUUGAGGGCUGGAGCUUACGAUGCCGCCUUGCAGGCCGUAACGAGAGUACUCACUUGCCAACCGAACAAUGCGAAGGCACUAUAUAGGAAAUCUCGUAUUUUAACCGCUAUGGGGCGCAAUUCCGAAGCCCUACAGGCGGCAAGGGCCGCCGCGGCAGCAGCUCCCGAGGAUACUGGCGUCAGAAAAGAGUUACAAAAGUGUGAACAAAAGGCCAACAGAGACAAGUCAGUAGAAAGGAAACUGGCCAAGCGAAUGUUGGGCACGGGCGGUCAGGGCAAAGCGUCCCCGGAGAAAAAGCCAGGGCGAGCUAAGAUGUUAGUGUGGGGAUCUCUGCUGCUAAGUCUGUUGGUGGGCGUGGCCAGUGUAUUGGCCUACCGAUACAAGAAUCAGCCGCAGUGA